AUGGGCAGUAUUGAAAGGCCAGCAGGACAGCCAGAGUACGAUGUGCUCGUCAUUGGUUGUGGUUUGAGCGGCAUCUAUACCCUGUAUCGAAUGCAGCAGCUGGGGUUAAAAGUUAAAGCUUUGGACGAAGCCACGGGCGAAGGUGGUACAUGGCACUGGAACCGCUACCCGGGUUGUCGUUUUGACUCAGAGAGCGUCAGCUAUGGCUUCUCAUUUUCAAAAGAAGUACUGGACGAGUGGAACUGGACAGAGACCUUUGCACCUCAGCCAGAGACACUGAAAUAUGCACAGUACUUAACGGAGAAGUUUGACCUCCGACAAUACAUGCAAUUCAGCACCAAAGUGCUGUCUGCUCACUGGCAGCAAGAUAGUCGAACAUGGCUCUUGACAGAUAGCCACGGCCUGACAUACACCUCUCGCUUCCUCAUCACAGCAAUGGGUAUCGUCAGCGCUCCAACACUACCACUAAUCCCAGGCGUCGACCAAUUCAAAGGCCCAGCCUUCCAUCCCUCCCGCUGGCCAGCAGACGGAAACCAACAACUAGUAGGAAAACGCGUCGGAAUCAUCGGAACAGGCGCAACAGGAAUUCAGAUCAUCCAAACAAUUGUAAAACCCGACUUCGACCUCAAAUCCCUCACGGUCUUCCAGCGUACACCAAAUUGGUCCGCUCCCCUCCGCAACGAACCCAUCUCCCCCGAAGAAAUGGCAGAAUACAGAAGAAAAUACCCCGAGAUCUUCGAACGCUGCUCGAAUUCCUGGUCCGGCUUUAUCCACAUGUCUGACACCCGCAAAACUCUCGAAGUCCCCGAAGAAGAACGGCACGCCAUUUGGGAAGACUUGUACUCCAAACCCGGCUUUGGAAAAUGGCUAGGGAACUUCGCUGAUAUCAAUUUUGAUCGUGAAGCCAAUGCGGCUUAUAGUGCUUGGAUCGCCGACAAAAUCCGCCAACGAGUAAACGAUCCUAAAAUUGCAGAGAAAUUAAUUCCGAAGAACCAUGGAUUGGGUACGAGACGUUUGCCGCUUGAGACGAAUUAUUUCGAAGCGUACAACGAUCCACGAGUAAGACUGGUUGAUAUUGCGAAUGAGGAGCCGAUUGAAAAGAUUACGGAGACAGGAAUUCAAUUGAAGACUGGAGAGCAUAUUGAAGUUGAUGUUUUGAUUUAUGCUACAGGGUUUGAUGCUGUGACAGGACCGUUCACGAGUAUGGAUAUCCGAGGAGUUGAUGGAUUGAGGAUUCAAGAUGCUUGGGAGAAUGGAGUGAGGACUUAUCUUGGGUUGUUCAUCAAAGGAUUUCCGAAUAUGAAUACUGUUCUGGGACCUCAUCAGGCUUUUGGGAAUAUUCCGAGGUCGAUUGAAUUUGCUGUGAAUUGGGUCGGGGAUUUUAUCCAGUUUUGUUUUGAGAAGGGGGUUACGUAUGCGGAGGCGAAGGAGGAGAAGGUGCAGGAGUGGACGGAGCAUGUGCAUGAGUGCUCGAAGGGAAGUUUGGUGCUGGAGGUCGAUUCUUGGAUGAGUGGUGUUAAUCGGAAUGUUCCUGGGAAGACUAAGAGGACGAUUGUGAGAUAUGCUGGGUCCGGACCAGGUUAUAGACAGAGGUGUACGGAGGUCAAGGACCGAGGGUACACUGAUCUGAACUUAGAAUAGACGGGCAUGAUAGAGUAUGCGGAAGAAGGGACGGCACGCACGACAUGAAAUUUGUUUGUGCACUGCACAGCACGUGAUGGUUAUCUGUUGUCUUCGUACUUUCUCAUCAUGAUUCGGGUCUCAGUCCAGCGGCCUCGAUGUAUUCGCGUAUCCUCGAGCCGCUUCCUUUGCAUUCUGAUUGGCCUUUUCGCUCGUGUUUGGGUCGUCAAUGGUAGCCUUCGAACCACCAGCCUUACACCUUGGACGUCGUUCGCCAUGGCCGUUUGUCAUCGUCAUGCCCGUUGCCUG